GCCUCGUCACUACUCACUUACAUCGUUACAUUGAACGUUCUCGGUAUCGUACGUUGUGCGUUAGUUGAUUCUCGUAGUGACUCAAGAUGACUGGUCGCGGUAAGGGAGGAAAGGGAUUGGGAAAAGGAGGAGCGAAGCGUCAUAGGAAAGUUCUUCGCGAUAACAUCCAGGGUAUCACCAAGCCGGCUAUCCGUCGUCUGGCGCGACGUGGCGGUGUCAAGCGUAUUUCCGGCUUGAUCUACGAAGAAACACGUGGUGUGUUGAAAGUCUUUCUCGAGAACGUUAUUCGCGAUGCUGUAACCUACACCGAACAUGCGAAAAGGAAGACCGUGACUGCCAUGGACGUCGUGUACGCCCUGAAGCGUCAAGGCAGAACUCUAUACGGCUUCGGCGGUUAAGCGAGGAACUGGACUCGUUCAAAUUAAAUCGGCCCUUUUCAGGGCCACAAAAAUUUUAAAGCGUUUGAACAAUUUCUGUUUGUUGUAUAUUAUACCCAUAUAUAUUCUAUAAGUUUAAUAUAAGGAAAUUACUGAAAUUCAAAGUUCCAAAUUUGCAAAUUAUAAGUUGAAUUUUACGUACCUUAAUCUCUUCAAGAAAAUAGUUUGCUAUAAAAAUAACUGAUUCAAUUUUUAUAAAUAUAAGCACUUCAUAUUUUACAUUUUUGGAAUUUCCCAAUAUAAAAUUUAAAUUUUUUUCUAUUCUAAAACGAUUUUAAUACUGCUAUUAGAAUAUGAAUAUAGAAAAAUUUUUAUCAUUCUUCCCAUGCUUUAUGUACAUAAGUAUUUUUUAUAUAUAUAUAAUACAAUGUGUACAUACAUAAUGAUUGAUAGAUUAUUGGAAAUGUAUUUACGCAAAAUUUGAUAAAAUUACAUUGAAGGUAAAUAAAUUAUCGAAUAUAUCGAUUGAAUUGAACAGA